AUGCGGGCGGCCCGGCCGGCGGACGCCUCCCUGCUCUACAUCCCCGCCACGCUUCUGCUCUGCCUCAGCUCCGCCAGUCUGUGCUUGGUAGAGGCGGACAGCCCCUCUGCCCCAGUCAAUGUCACUAUCAAACAGCUGACGGCCAACUCAGCUAUGGUGAGCUGGGAUGUGCUGGACGACGAGGUGGUCAUUGGGUUUGCAAUUUCCCAGCAGAAAAAGGAUGUGCGAAUGCUGCGAUUUAUCCAGGAGGUGAACACCUCUACCCGCUCUUGUGCCCUGUGGGACCUGGAGGAGGACACAGAAUACAUCAUUCACGUGCAGGCCAUCUCCAUCCAGGGCCAGAGCCCUGCCAGCGAGCCUGUCACCUUCAAGACCCCUCGAGAGGCUGAAAAGUUGGCCUCCAAAAACAAAGAUGAGGUGACCAUGAAGGAGAUGGGAAUGAAGAGCCAGCAGCUCCGGACAGGCGAGGUGCUCAUCAUCGUGGUGGUCCUGUUCAUGUGGGCUGGGGUCAUUGCCCUCUUCUGUCGCCAGUAUGACAUCAUUAAGGACAAUGAGCCAAACAACAAGGAGAAAGCCAAGAGCGCAUCGGAGAACAGCACCCCAGAACACCAGAGUGGGGGCCUCCUUCGAAGCAAGGUGAGGGUUCAGAAGUGA